GCUGCUGCUGAGCCCGGGCGCAAAGGGAGCCGGAAGCGCCGCCGUCGGGGGCAGUUCUCUGGGGCGCAGCCGGGCAAGAUCGGCGGGGCUCGCGGCCCGCGCGCAUCCCCUCGAUGGAUCUGCUGGUCCUGGGGGGGUCGGUGGUUGCCUUCCGGCUGCUCAACGGCGGCCUGGAGCGCCUCGUGCCGCCGCCGCCCUCGGCGCAGCGCAACCGCUGGAAGUGGCGCAACAUCUGGACCUCGCUGGCGCACAGCCUGCUUAGCGGCUCGUGGGCGCUGCUCGGCUUCUACUUCCACCCGCAGAUGGCGGAGGACCUCAUCGACACCCACUUGCCCGCCGCGCACCACCUGCUCGGGAUCUCCGUGGGCUAUUUCGUGCAGGACUUCUUCGACAUGAUGUAUCACCAGAAGAUCCAGCAGUGCUGGGAACUGCUCUUCCAUCACUCUGUGGUGAUCCUCUGCUUUGGCUUUGCCUUCUUGGUCCACCGCUUUGUGGGCUUCGCCAUGGUGGCCCUGCUGGUGGAGAUCAACUCCAUCUUCCUGCACCUGCGGACGAUCCUGUUGAUGGCCGGCUUGGCCCACACCACCUCCUACCGCUUGACCAGCCUGCUCAACCUGGGCACUUACAUGGUCUUCCGCAUCACCACCCUGGCUUGGAUGACUCGCUGGCUGGUGCUCAACCGGGAGAACAUACCCCCCAACACCUACACCCUCAGCACAGUGGGCAUGGCCGUCAUGACUCCCAUGAACAUUGUCCUUUUCUACCGCCUGCUCCGCAACGACUUCCUCACCUCCAGCCGGCGCGAGAAGGAGAAGUGACCACCCUUGGCUCCUCCCUCCCCAACAGCUGGCUAUACAGGCCACGGGGAGGGGGAGAGCAAGUGAGCAGGACGGGAGAGGAGAGCCAGAGGGUGGUCUUCAACAGCUGGAUCAUGGAAAAGCCACCGCAGCCGCAGCUGCCACCACAUGGCAGGAGGAAGCUGCUCCUGGAAGAGUCUCUUGGAACAGUGUUUGGGGGCCCUCUGGUUAGCUGGGGAGGGGUCUUGGCAGCGGUCAAGGAAGGUGGGCUAGCGGGAGCAGUAGCCAAGGAUGUGACGUCUCCCUGCAGGGAGGGAGCUGGUUGAAAUGACUUGGUCCUACACAACUUCGUGUGCUCUGACUGUUGCUUUUGGCACCUGCCUGUCCCCCUUGUAGGGUGGAGUUGCACUGCAUCAGAGCUCCAGAGGGCAAGACGCCUUUUUGAACACCAAGACCUGAGAUCCAGGCCAGAGCAAGUGGCAGGAUGCCAGGAUCUCUCCCUUCUCCCUCACCCCUCUGUCUAGCAGGAUUGCCAUGGCUUCUCUUUCUUUCUCUCUGCAGAAUAUUUAUCUCCUUGAAGAGUCUGUGUGUGGUCUGCUCUUCCAUGCCAUGUUCAGCUGAGCCUCUCCGUAACUAACAGUCUGUAGGUGUAGGUACAUUCUCUACAGGCAGGCCUGGGGGGGGGGGUGUUUCUAGGACACCAGUUGACAAUUGUCCUCUUACUAUUCUCUCUUUUGAAGAGUUGCAAGCAAAUCCCGCCCUCCUCACCUCUCUCCAGGCUAAGCCAGGGGUGCUGCCAUGGCCAAGUUCUGCCCCUGCUGGCCACCUAGAUUAAUACAAGGAAUCCCUCUGCCAGGGGACAGCACCACCUGGUUGUACUGGAUGCUAAGGGCCAGGAUCUUUUAACCCUGCUAAGAGCCAAACGGCUUCAUCUGAGGCCUCAAUAUUGCGUAGACCACUGGUGGCGAACCUAUGGCACACGUGCCAGAUGGCACACUCUCUGUGGGCACGUGCGCCGUUGCCCCAGCAGGGCCGUACCUAGGGGGUGAAACUGGUGCUCCAACGCUGCAGGAGGCUCCUGGCCGCUUCCAGCAUGGUCCCAGCACUGCUAGGGCUCCAUUUUCACCCUCGGGGCCGCGCUGGGGGGAAGGAGGAGAGGGGGGCUCGUGCUGGGAAACUGCCGCUCUGUCCAGGCCUCAACUUUUGAUGCGCCAGGGCCUCCCGCCAGUUUGUUGUUCCUAUUUGGGAGUAAGCCACCUUAAGUUCAGCAAGGUUAGACAAAUUAUCAGCAUGCGUACAACAGCAAAAAUUACAUUAAUUGUUCAAAAGCAUGCCAAAUACAAAUUUUUACCUUUCAAAAAAAAGUUGUUUGUAUCAUUGAAAGCUCUGUUACUGUGUUUUUCUUUUAGGACAAAAGAUGUUAAUGUACGAAUUUUUUCCCCUAAACUAAAACCUCAGUAUUCAGGUUAAAUUGCCGUGUUGGCACUUUGGGAUAAAUAAGUGGACUUUUGGUUGCAGUUUGGGUACUCGGUCUCUAAAAAGUUCGACAUCACUGGUGUAGACAAUAAGGGAGAAUGCACUUACAAGAAUCUUCUUCUUUUAACAAGGUGUAUGGAUAUGUUUGCACAAAAGUAACAAAAAUAAAAGGAUAAAGUGA